UAAUUCCCAUAAAUAAAUAAAUAAUAAAAACAACAACCAAAAUAAAUUCAACAAGCACAUGAUUUUCCGGAUGACGAAACGGAAAACCAUAUUUUCCGAUACGCAACAGAUUUGUUCGUCAUCGCGGAAACUAUUGAAACCGACCUUAAGCCGUAUAAAGCGUCGUAGAAGGAGACGAAGUCGAAUUUGAUAUUUGAUAUUAAUAAUUGACAUCGACGAACAUGCCACGGUGUCUUAUGGCAAAAAAAUGGAAAGCAUAUCCAUGGCCAGAUCGUGCCGAGGAUCCUACUAUCGAUGAUGACGAUGAGGAAAUUGAUGUUGUGGGUGAUUCUCCAGCAUUAGAGAAAAAUACAUCAUCAUGUUGGGGUCCAUCCAGUCCGACGGCUGGAGCUACGGCUCCAAGUCCACCACCUCAUUCGCCUGAAGCAAGUCGCGGCACAACAAUACUUUAUAACGGAUACAUUCAUCAGGAUGUGUCUACAACUUCAAGUUUUUCAAACUACAACUCUGCUACUCCAAUUUCUCGAAACAAUGAAUCUUCAUCUUCAUAUAUUUCUAAUUCACAUUCAACGUCAACACAAAAUGUUGGUGAAAGACCAUCUUAUGCCACUUUGCAAACUGUUAAAGAAACACAACGACAACAACAACAUCAAGAACAGCAGCAAAGUGGUGAAAAUGUGUCAAGAGGGUUCACCCCACCUUCAACGACACAUCAACAACCACCUAGAAAAUCACUGUCCAUGUGUUUUACCAGCACGGGGGCAGCAUUGUCCUUACCACCAAAGAAAAAGGACAUUUACAGACCUUAUUCGCUGGACGAUAGAAUACAACAUCAUCAAAAGAUAACAGUCAUUACAUCACAACAAUCACCGCCACUCAACAAUCAGACACAAAAAAUUCAUAAUCAACAUAUUGUUACUGUUGAUGAGCCAAAAUUUAUUAUGAAAGAGGAACCAAUGUCAUUAGAAAUGCGAUACAUGGACGACAAAACAAUUACAUUACAUUCUGUGGACGAUGAUCAAAGAGUACCAAUGACAUCUGAGGUUGUAAUAAGAGUACCUGCUGAAGAAGAUUUACAUGCAGCGCAUGCAAUAUUAGAUUUAAGUGCAUCCACCGCGAAUUAUGUCUUACCUCAUCACCAGGUCUUCGAAGAACGGAUAAUUGAAAUAGCUACACCACCUCAAGAAAUAAUCGAACCAGCGGCUAUGAUAUCACCCCGACAACAAACUGUAUCUGUAGUUCCUACCAAACCCACUGAUUUACCACCAGAAUAUCGAAGUGGUAAAACAGUUGCUUACACUUAUGAAGCGUUUUUCGUUAGUGAUGGUCGAUCAAAACGAAAAAAUCCAGAAAAAGGUGUAGUAACCGCAAAACCAGGGAAUAAUGAAUCUAAACCAAAAUACACUUGCACAGAAUGUGGUAAGCAAUACGCUACAUCGUCAAAUCUAUCUAGACAUAAACAAACGCAUCGAAGUUUAGAUUCACAAUCCGCGAAAAAAUGUAUGACCUGUGGUAAAGCGUAUGUAAGUAUGCCUGCCCUAGCAAUGCAUGUACUUACACAUAAAUUGUCACAUAGUUGUGGUGUUUGUGGGAAACUAUUUUCUCGACCUUGGUUAUUGCAAGGCCAUUUACGUUCACAUACUGGUGAGAAACCUUAUGGAUGUGCACAUUGUGGUAAAGCUUUUGCGGAUCGAUCAAAUUUACGUGCACACAUGCAAACACAUUCUGCAGAUAAAAAUUUUGAAUGUUCUCGAUGCCAUAAAUCGUUCGCAUUAAAAUCAUAUUUAAAUAAACAUUUAGAAUCAGCAUGUUUUAAAGAAGAAGAACUGCAAGCAACCUCACAAUUAACAACGAACAAUACACCACAUGGAACAAUUGUCCAUAUAGCAUCGCCAGUCCAACAAACGCCCUCUAUUGACGAAAGUCAUACAGUUCCUCAGCAACAACAGCAACAGAAACCAAUUGUACAACAUGUCACGAUAAUACAACCGAAUGCGACUGCAGUUGGGUAUGUAACAUGAAGUCAAUUAGGUCUGUAAGCUUUUAUUUAUUUGCAAUUAUGUUCUUUUAUAAAUACAUCAAAUUGACUGACAGUCUUACAAAUUAUUACGAAUGGUUAAGAACAUUCAAAAAUCACUUUAUAUAUACUUCUCUAAAUUGAGUUUUCCUCGGUUCGAAUUAAUUUUAAGCAA